AUGAAAGAAAAUUUUUGCAACCUGGAAUCAGGGACGGCUCUACCAUUGGGUAAAGUGACUCAAAGUGUUAUGAAAGGACAACAAAUUGUUGUUUAUUAUCCUGCAUUGCAGGGGAUUGGACUAGAUUGCCCUUGUGGUCCCUUCCAACCCUACAAUUCUAUUAUUUUUGUGGGAUUUUCUGCCCCAGGUGCCACAAUAUCUUGGUUGGCCUUUGGGAUCAUGCACCUUGACUUGGUAUGGAAGGUGCCAUUGGUCAUUCCACAUCAGGCUGCAAAAUAUCAUGGGCUGUUACUGCCUGGAAUUUUUAAGGAAUGUGUGUGCAUUGCAAAGGUCAAGCUAUGUUUUUGA